UAUAUACCUCUCUCUAGCAGUAGAGAAGUAAAGCACCGAAAUAGAAAAACAAAAAUGGCAUCCGAAGCUUCAAUUCACAUCCUCCUUGUUUCUUUUCCAGCACAAGGACACAUAAACCCUCUUCUUAGACUAGGUAAAUGUCUUGCUGCAAAGGGUGCUUCUGUCAUCUUCAUCACAACAGAAAAAGGUGGCAAAAAUAUGCGAAUCACCAACAAAUUAGCUACUCCAAUUGGUGAUGGUUCUCUAAUGUUCCAGUUCUUUGAUGACGGUUUACCCGAUUAUGCUCACCCUCUUGACCACCACAAAAAACUUGAGCUUGUUGGGAGACAAUUUAUUUCUCAAAUGAUAAAGAAUCAUGCUGAUUCGAACAAACCAAUUUCAUGUAUUAUAAACAACCCUUUUUUUCCAUGGGUUAGUGAUAUAGCUUUUGAACACAAUAUUCCUUCUGCUUUGUUAUGGACUAAUUCUAGUGCUGUUUUCACCAUUUGCUAUGAUUAUGUCCACAAAUUGUUACCUUUCCCUUCAAAUGAAGAACCUUAUAUUGAUGUUCAACUCAACUCUUCUAUAGUUCUUAAAUACAAUGAAAUCCCAGAUUUUAUACAUCCUUUUUGUAGAUAUCCAAUUCUAGGGACACUCACCACGGCACAGAUAAAGGACAUGUCUAAAGUGUUUUGUGUAUUAGUGGAUACCUUUGAAGAAUUAGAGCAUGAUUUCAUCGAUUAUAUUUCGGAAAAAUCAAUCGCCAUAAGACCCGUUGGUCCUUUGUUUAAAAAUCCAAAGGCAAACGGAGCAAGCAACAAUAUACUUGGUGAUUUCACUAAGAGCAAUGAUGAUUGUAAUAUUAUAGAGUGGCUAAACACAAAGCCAAAAGGUUCUGUGGUUUAUAUUUCUUUUGGUACUGUUGUGUAUCUUCCUCAAGAACUAGUGUAUGAAAUAGCAUAUGGGUUAUUGGAUUCUCAAGUCACAUUUUUGUGGGCAAAGAAACAACAUGAUGAUUUGCCGUAUGGAUUCUUGGAGGAAACAAGUGGGAGAGGAAAAGUAGUGAAUUGGAGUCCACAAGAACAAGUAUUGGCUCAUCCAUCAGUGGCAUGUUUCAUAACACAUUGUGGUUGGAACUCAUCAAUGGAAGCACUUACUUUAGGAGUUCCAAUGUUGACAUUUCCAACAUUUGGUGACCAACUUACAAACGCAAAGUUCUUGGUUGAUGUUUAUGGGGUUGGGAUUAGAUUGGCUCGUGGUGAAAGGAAACUGGUAAGAAGAGAUGAUUUAAAGAAAUGCUUAUUGGAAGUUACAACAGGGGAAAAAGCAGAGACGUUGAAGAAAAAUGCAACCAAGUUGAAAAAGGCGGCGGAGGAAGCAGUGGCGGUUGGUGGUUCCUCGGACCGACAUCUUGAUGCAUUUAUGGAAGACAUUAAGAAACACAAACGUUGUUAAUAAUGCAGUUAUAUUUAUGUAAUGUUAGCAUUUAUGUGUGUUUUAAAAAAUAAUAGAGUUAAAUAUGUUUUUAGUCCCGAACUUUUCGUUUUAGUUUUUAUAAGAGAGCAACCGAUAUUAGGGAGCUCCAUUAUCUAUUUUUGUGCAUGUAUCAUAGUUUCUUCGACUAAAACCGACCUUAGGUUGCUUAUAUUUAGUGGCAGAGCCACAUUGCGGUGAGGGGAUGCAUUUGCCAACCCUCAAAUUAAUUUUUUUUCACAUA